CCAGGGUAGAAAUGGCAAGAGAUGGAAAUGGCAACACCAGUGACACACCCAAUACAUGGUUUGGACAGUGCCAGUACACAGCAGAUGAAUACCAGGCUGUUCAGGCGGCUCUGCGGCAGAGGCUGGGCCCAGAAUACAUCAGUAGCCGACAAGCUGGAGGAGGACAGAAGGUUUGCUACAUAGAGGGGCACAGAGUCAUCAGCCUGGCCAAUGAAAUGUUUGGAUAUAAUGGCUGGGCUCAUUCUGUCACUCAGCAGAACGUUGAUUUUGUUGAUCUAAAUAAUGGCAAAUUCUAUGUGGGUGUUUGUGCCUUUGUGAAAGUUCAGCUUAAGGAUGGGGCUUACCAUGAAGAUGUUGGCUACGGAGUAAGUGAAGGCUUGAAAUCUAAGGCCUUGUCCCUUGAAAAAGCAAGGAAAGAGGCUGUCACAGAUGGAUUGAAGAGGGCACUAAAGUGCUUUGGUAAUGCUCUUGGGAACUGUAUUUUGGAUAAGGACUACUUGCGCUCGGUGAAUAAGCUCCCCCGGCAGGAUCUCGCUGCCCUUGGAUUACGACGCAACUCACCUUCGGAAGAUACGGCAGAAGCAGCUUCAAGAGAAGUUCAGACAGGAGAUGCAGGAGAAACAGCAGAUCCAGUCAGAUGUUUCAGCUUGCAGGGCUAAAGAUCAAGAGGCGUCCAAUCUCCCUGCCUUGGAAUGCAACUCUUCUGUACCCCCGGAAUCUGUUGUGGAUGAAUUCCUUGCAGAUGAUCCAGAACUGUGGGACUUUCCUUUGGAAGCAACUGAUCACAAUACAGCAGCAGUGCCAGCCCAAUGCUUACGUUCACCUCUUGGACAGCAUUGCAUGAUGACUCGCAGCCGAACCCCACAAAGAAUAAAUAAUCAGCAAUCAAAUAUAAAACCUUCAUCUUGGCAUCUGUCCUCCAGUCCCAAAUCUUACUUAGCAGCUGAACAGAGUCCCUACCGAAAAGGCCAAGGCAUGAAAAAGAGAAGACUGGAACCUGCAUAGAAAAUACUUCAGACUUCAGCACAAGGGUUUUAAUUCAGAAUACAUUUUAGUCCAAUAAAGUUGCAGACCAAAGUAUAUUUUCUAGAUUUUAUUACAGGAAAAAAGCGCAUUGCUUUGCAGUAUUUAACUAAGGGCUUAAAUGCCACUUCAAUUCUAGGGAAAAGAAUUAAUUAUUACAAGUCCUAAUAUUUCACUUUAUAUGUAAUUUUAUUGUAAAACUUUAAAAGGUACUUUCUUACCUUUCUUCAUUCCGAGUAGAAGAGAGCAAUUUUAGUAAUAAUAUAUUC